UCAUCUCUCACCAGGAAUCGAUUGAAACCCAGCACACCGCCGCGGAGGCGACCAACCAUAUCGCUGACGCCUCUGAUGCACCUGUCGCUACCAAAGAUAUCGCUCAAGAGCAGCCAGUGAAGGAAGACGCUCCUGUACUAGAGGCCGACGCGGCCAAAGAGUCGCCCGAAGCGAGACAGGAGGAGGAAGCUUAUGGUGGCGUUGAGAAAGUUGACGUCGCCACUCUAAGCUCUGAUACUACCGAGAUGCACGACAUUAUCCCUGCGGAGGAUACUCCGGUACACCAGCCUCCCGACGAGGUGACGGAGGAAACCAGUGCUGCGGUUGAAGGCGCAACAGAGACGCCAGUCGCUGAGGAAGCAAAGGAGGCUGAAGCUCCUGUCGAACAGCCCACAGUCGAGCUGGCUGCCGAGGAUGAGGCAGCUGAAGAUCACACAACGGAGGAGCCUGUAGCCGAGGAGGUCGAGGGGACGAACGAGGCGGAGAACGUGCCUGUUCCCGUUGAAAUCGCAGAGGUGGAUGUUCCUGUCGAAGCUGAGGCUGUUGUCGAUGAGACGAGCAAGGAGGUGCUUGUUGUCGAGGAGACGAGUAAGGAGGAGCCUGCUGUCGAGGAGAAGAAUGCUAUGGCUGAGUCCACGGCCGAGGAAGAGCUUCAGGUGCGACUUCAGGCUCCUCUACUGCGACUGCUACGACUUCAGGUUCCUCCGCUGAGACUUCAGAUUCCUCCGGUACGACUUCAGGCUCCUCCGCUGCGACUUCAGGUGCGACUUCAGGCUCCUCUACAGCGACUGCUACGACUUCAGAUUCCUCCGCUGAGACUUCAGGUUCCUCCGUUGAGAAUUCAGCCUCAGGCUCCGGAGCAGUCUCGAGGGACUGCUCCGGAGUCGCAACGGAGGAGCCUGAAGUCGUACCGGAGGAAUCUGAAGUCGUAGCAGUCGUUGCGAAGGAGUCUGAAGUCGCACCUGAAGAAGUCGCAGCGGAGGAAUCUGAAAUCACGGCGGUCGCAGCGGAGGAGCCUGAAGCUGCACCUGAAGCCGUAGCGGAGGAACCUGAAAUCACAGCGGUCGCACCGGAAGAAACUGAAGUAGUGGCAGUCGUAGCGCAAGAGCCUGAAGUCGCACCUGAAGUCGCAGUGGAGGAGCUUGAAGUCUCAGUGGAGGAGCCUGAAGCUGCAGCGAAGGAAUCGGUCGUCAAGGAGGAGGCUAUGGUCGAGGAAUCUGCUGCUCCUGAAGCUGCCUUUGAGAUUGCCGAGUCGCAGAAGGCCGAAGAAGGUGCCACAACCGAGGAGUCUCCUGCAAAGACCGAAGCAUGUCCACACAGUCUUAACAACUUGAUCAUGCUAUCGUCUACCUCUGAGACUUGCAUUGCGGACGUCGCUGAGGCCCAGGAUGUUGCUGAGCGCGCUGAACUUGUUGAAAAGGCUGUCGAUGAGCCUGUCAACGCUGAGGAAGUCGCUGAAGUCGCUCCCGAGCCUACUAUGUUCGCCGCUGAGGAGGUCGCUGAGGGAGCAGUUGUCGAAGAGAGCAAGGUCGAGGCGGAAGCGAUCCCCGUUGUCCGCGAGGAACCGUCCGAGCCAGCCGUUCAAGCAGAGGAACCUGUCCCUGACGAGGUAACCGAAUCCACCGCACCUGUAGAAGCGAUUAUUCCAGGCGCUGCCGCUGAGGAGCAAGAGACGCCCGCCGCGGCGAUGGGAGAUAUGUCUGCUCCCCCGGUAAUUGCUGUCACGAUUUCAGACGAGACUGCCGAGGCUUCUGCCACGGAGGGUGAGAAAGAGCUCGAGCGUCCGAAAUCUCCUUGGACCCCCUCGUACAGCGUCACAACUCAGGGCCCUGGUAUACCUUCCGUUGAGCCCACCGCACUCGAUAAGUCUGCUAUGGUAGCCCAGGGGGAGGUUGCUUCACUUGCUGAAGCUCCCAUUCCCGAGGUCUCUGUCGAGGAAGUGCACGCUGCGCCUAAGGAUGCCGUUGAACCUGCUACUGAGCGCACGUGGGUUCCAUCUUAUUCUAUCAGCUCUCAGGGCACGAGCCCUAUGCACAAGCCCGUCGAGCUUGCCGAAGAGGUCGAGCCCAUCGAGGAUCUGUCUGUCAAGGAGACUCCUGCGGAGAAUGCUGUCGUACCUCCUGUUGAGGAGUUCGUUCCCGCGGAGAAAGAAGCUGCAUCAAACGCCGCUGCUGAGCCUGAGAUGUCCGUUCAAACUACUGAGGCUGCUCCUGAGGAGACUGUCGAGCCACCCAAGAUUGUCACUCCUGAUGAGGAGCCUGAGACUGAGCCACAGGUGGUCGAGGAGAAGGUAGUGCCUGAAGAGAGACCACCAUCACGGCCCUGGACCCCUUCUUACUCAGUUUCCCGCCAAGGCACGGCGCCAAGCCCUGUGCAGGCCCCCACAGAGCUGGAAUCAUUUCCCACUGAACAGCCUGCGGAGCCUGUUAUCAUUACUGAAGAGCCUGAGGCGGCGCCUGCCGAUGCCGAUGCUACAGAACUUCCUGCUGAGCGCACUUGGGUUCGUUCUUACUCUGUCUCUCGUCAGGGCUCUCGCAGCUCUCUGGUUCCGGAGAAGGAAUCUCAGACUACUGCAGAGGUCGCCGAGCCGCCGGCUGCUGUAGCUGUAGCGCCAGAGGAACCCCAGCAGCCAUCGGAGGCUGAAGAGGGGCUAGUGAAGGCUGGGGAGGAUCCCGAGCGGCCCUGGACCCCAUCGUACUCUGUCAUUCGCCAGGGGACCAGUCCACACGUGGAAUCGAAGGAGCUUGUGGCCUCCGAAAAUGAUAUUGCGACUCCCGCGGCGCAGUCGCCAGAGACAGCGGAGACUGCAGCAGCCCCGGUCAUCGCAAUCGAGGAAGCCAAGGCAGCCGAACAGACUCCUGCUUCCGCUGCCGCGAUAGAGACCGAGGUACCUAAGGCAAGUCCAGUUGCAGAGCGUCCCCCCUCUCCCUGGACGCCUUCCUACUCUUUCAACCACCAAGGUUCGAGCCCGCUUAACUCGCCUGCUGUUCAGCCAAAGGACCUAGAGGCCGACGUCCCAGCACCCUCAACACCGGAAACCUCUGUCGAGCCGGAAGCCGUUCAACAGCCCGAACUUGCCGCUGAGAACCUGGAGGCUAAGCCAGAGCAGCCAGAGCGUCCGUGGACUCCUUCUUAUUCUGUCACUACACAAGGCCCUGCCUCCCCUCUGAAGGAGGAACCCAAGGCCACGACAGAUGAGACGAAGUCUGAGGCGUUCCCGACAGUCGAGACUGCUGAGCAUGGACCCAAGUUGACCACAAACCUCGCGCGCCUUGCUCCCUCGGACGAGCAUCAGAGGGAUGACUCCACCGCUGACAUCGACUCUCCGACUACGCGACCCCGUCACGAGUCAGUCACCUCUAUCUCCUCCCGGGCGAUUCCUGGCGGCUGGGUCUCAGGAGAGACUAAGUCACCAGGCGAGAACCAGGCGUCACUGGAGACCGCGGCCGGUGAGUUCUCGAAUAACAAGAACGCUGCUCCUGCGCCUACGACCAAGGGCAAGCACCAGAAGAAAAAGUCCGGGAAGUGUGUCAUCAUGUGAUGGGUCGUUUCUGGAGUCCUCUCGCGGGUUGCACGUCUCGGAAAUUCCUCUAGGAUCUGGCCCACCUAUCGCAUGCCGUGUGUCUUCUAAACAAUUCCAUCCCUCGCCUGUUCCUUCAUAAUAGAUCUACGCAUAAGGUCUUGUCAAUCUCUUCACCUCAUCUUCACUGCCAUCUACACACUCUUUCGCACUUAUCUCUUCUCUUAUUUCCAUUGUAGCAUGGGCAUACAUACAAGAAUCGCGAGCCAUUCAGACCAAGGCUCAUAGCAUUCAUAUGCAAUGUAAAUUUCAACUCUCUUCGCUUUCAUCACGGCGUAUUUUGCCCUGCAUCCGCUUUGCUUGCGCCUCGCCGAGCCUAUUCUUGCCUAACCGCUCAUUAUUUGCUCUCUGCACAUGCAGUAUACCUCAUUCGUAGCGUUAACGAAUAUACGUCCG